AGAUCUAUCAAUAAAAGAAAUGAUUGACUCAAUGAAUUCUUUAUUAGAAAAAUUAAAAGCACAUAAAGCUAUUAAAGAUGAUUUAUAUAAACAAUUAGUUGCUGAUUCAAAUAAAAUAAAAUUACCACAUUUAUAUUUCUUACCAAAUAUUUCCAAUGAAAAUGAUAUUUCUUUAGUACCUAUUAUUACAUCACGAUUUAGUGCAACAUGGAAAAUUGGCAAAUAUUUAAAUCAAUUAUUACAACCAUUUGCUAAUAAAAUUCUACAUCCAACGACAUUUGUUGAUGAAACUGAUUUUAUUCGAAAAUUAAAUCAUUAUGCUAAUACAGAACGUCGUCUUCGUUCAACAACACUUUUUUGUACAAUUAAAAUAACAAAUUUUUAUACAUUAGAUGAACAUAAAAAUAUGAUUGAUGUUAUUGGUUAUUUUUUACAAGAUAAUUUUGUGAUGAACAAACUUGAAUCAUUAACAAUUCAAACUAUUAAAAAUCUCUUAUAUGUAUUUCUUUAUAAUAAUAUCUUUUUGUACAAGGAUAAUAUCUAUAAAUGUACAAAAGGUAGCCCAAAUACAAUGGCAUUAACAGAAACAUUAUCAAAUAUUUAUUUAUUUGUAUGGCAAAAGAAAAUAUGGAAGCAAAUUGAUCGAAAUAUAGAAUUUUUUGGAAGAUAUAAAGAUCAAAUAUUUUUUACAUGGAAUAAAUCAAGUGCUCUCGAACUUGAAACAUUUAUAGAAAACAUUCGAGAACAACAUCAGAAUGUACGUUUUCAAAAAUUUAUUGGUACAAAUGUCGAAUUUUUAAAUGCUUCUAUCGAAAAUCGACAAGGUCAAUUAUAUACUCGUGUACAUUAUGAUUCGAAUAUGCCACGUUAUACAUUACCAUAUCUCUUGGGUCAUUCAAAAUCAGCUCAUAGUGAUUGGUUACGAACAGCUUUAAUUCGUGCUGUAUGUUACUGUACAUCAGUUGAUGAUUUUCAACAGGAACGAAUUGCUCUUGAAUUAACUUAUCUUAUUAGUGGUUAUUCAUUAUUAUUUGUUGAAAGUCAUGUCAAACAUUUUUUCAAUUAUUUUCAUGCUCAAACUGUGCGAUACUCAAGAAAUCAAAGUACAUAUGAUAAAUUUCGUCAACAAUGGUUUAAAUUCGUCGAACAACGAUAUGAACUUAUAGAGCAACUUGAAAAA